AGAGAAGCAGACAUCUUCUAGUUCCUCCCCAACUCUUUACUUUUUCCGGUGCCUGUGAGUCAGUUGGGGGAGGGCAGCUCUCACCCUGGCUGGUAGUUCGGUGACCUGGCUUUAUGUACUGGAUGAAUUCUGCUGGGAGAUGGAACACAGCAAGUUUCUGGCUGGUCUGAUACUGGCUGCCCUUCUCCCCCAAGUGAGCCCCUUCAUGAUACCUGUGGAGGAAAUUGAGGACAGAGUGUUUUUGGAUUGCAAUACCAGCAUCACAUGGGUAGAGGGAACGAUGGGAACACUCUUGUCAGAGAACAAAAGGCUGGACCUGGGAAAACGCAUCCUGGACCCACGAGGAAUGUAUAUGUGUAAUGCGACAGAUACACGUGCCAACCAAGUAUCUUCUGUGCAAAUUUAUUUUCGAAUGUGCCAGAACUGUGUGGAGUUGGACCCAGCCUCCCUGGCUGGCAUGAUCAUCACUGACAUCAUUGCCACCCUGCUCCUCGCUUUGGGAGUCUACUGCUUUGCUGGACAUGAAACUGGAAGGCUCUCUGGGGCAGCUGACGUUCAAGCUCUGUUAAGGAAUGACCAGGUCUAUCAGCCCCUUCGAGAUCGGGAGGAUGUUCAAUACAGCCAUCUUGGAGGAAACUGGCGGAACAAGUGAACCUGGGACUGGUGGAUCUAGAAACAUCAGUUAUCAAUUGUACCUCCCCUGUUUGCUCAGCCAAUAAAGAAAUCCUCUUUCACUCAG